GCCGAUGUCUCGGAAGCGACUCGUUUGGGAUCUCCUGGCACUGAUAAUUUUGUCCGCGGAAGUUGUCCUGUUCCCACUCACUGCCUUUGAGCAACUGGAAGCGAUCAUGACAACUGCAACCUUUUUCAUUACCUUCGAUUGGAUCUCUGCCGUAUAUUGGCUAAUGGACAUGCCGCUACAGCUCUUUUGCGGAUUCAAUACCUUCGAGGGGAAGGUGGAGCGGCGCUUCUCCCGAACCUCUAUGAGAUAUUUGAGGUCGUGGUUCUUGCUGGAUGUGAUCAUUGUCUCGAUCGAUUGGAUUUCCUUAAUUGGCUUUUACGACUCCCAGUUCACGGAAGCCUUAAGAGUGGGCAAGACUGUGCGUGGCAUCCGCAUCAUCCGCGGGGUGCGGAUCCUGCGCUUAGCCAAGUUGGCACCUUUCUUCCAGCACAUCAUCGACUCGGUACACUCAGACAUCUCAUUGCUACUCUUGAAGUUCUGGAUCAUCAUUGUUAUUGCCUUUUGUCUGAACCACUUCAUAGGCUGCGGUUGGUACUUGAUUGGAAGCGUCACAGCGCAAGAUGGCAAUGAGAGCUGGGUGGUGCAAGCAGGUCUGGCGGAACGCGGCGCUGGAUACCAAUAUGUGACCGCGCUCCAUUGGAGCCUUUCCAACUUUGCGAUCGCGACCACUCGAAUCCACGCGGUGAACGAAUAUGAGCAUUGGUUUGGUGUGGUGGUGCUCCUGGUCGGACUGGUUUGCUUUGCCAGCUGCCUCGCUGCCAUUGGCCGGCUGGUGACCAGAUAUCAGCAACAAGAGAGUGGAGCCAUCUACAACGAGAAGACUUUGCGGUCCUUCCUGGGAGAUCGAUCUAUUUCUCCAGUCAUGUCGCAAAGAGUCUGGCAGUUUCUGCGAGGCAAACGGCGGAACCGAGCUCGUCUCUCUGAGCAAGAUGUGGUGCUGCUGAAGGAUCUGCCGAAGGUCUUGAGGGUGGAGCUGCGCAAGGACAUGUACAUGCCUUUGCUCUCACACCAUCCUCUUUUCCAAGGACUGCAACUCUCAGACCCACACAUCAUUGCAAAGAUGUGCGAUCGAGGUCUCAACUUCCGCACCGCUUUGCCCCUGGAAGAUAUCUUCUCAAGGGCGGAGAAAUCCACCUACAUGUAUUACAUCAUCAGUGGAAACCAGCUCUACCACAUCGUCCGGCCAAACCGCCGGGCCAACACUGGCGCGGUGUCUGUCUCCCCUGGAGAGUGGGUUGGUGAAGGAGCACUUUGGUUUGAAAACUGGGCGCACUUUGGCUGGCUUCGGGCCAAGACAGCCAGUGAGUUGCUUUUGGUCAAUGUCGACACCUUUCAGCAGGUGGCCAUGAAGUCGCCCUCGCCCUAUCUAGGAAGCACCAUCUACAAGCAGGCCUGGGUGAAGCGCAUCAAGGAGGACGUGAAGCACGGCGAGGACGGCGUCACGCGGCUCUUCCUGGGGCGCCCCAGUGACCUCGCCGGGGAGAGACAAAUCAUCGAGCAAAUCUCAGCAGACGCAUUUCCCGAUCUCGCAAAGAAGCACGAUCGUGUCAUCAGCGGCUGGUCCUCAAGCUUCUCCAGCCGCACCAUCUCCUUCGCCUCAGUGGGCGAGGCCUUGUCCUGAGUUUGACCCGAUCAGCAGAGGUUCUGAGGCAAAAAUGGACCCGACCAACGGCCCCUGCUUUUGGCAGAAGCAUGCAGAAGCAUAUUUCUGGGGUGUGCUGCAGCCGGCUUGAAAUCCGUGGAAAGCAACAUUGAUACAGUACGUAGAUGUACAUAGCCAUCCG